GCAGGGCAAGUUCCGUGACACAGUGUCUGAAAUUUAGCCAAAUCACCAGCGGAAGAUAUGUCUUCGUCUUAUCCAUAUAGAGGCCAUACGUCUUAGUCUUGUAAGGUGUUGCACUAAGAAGAAUGGAGAAGAACUUCUUCAAGGCGUCUCGAGAAGGCGAUGUGUCCGGUCUUAGAUCCUUCAAGAAGGGCGGAGGAGACAUUAACAUUAAGGAAAAGGGUUCGAUGAGAAGUGCUUUACACUACGCAGCGUCCCGCGGUAAACUACCGGCUCUAGAGUGGCUGGUGGCGAAGAGAGCCGAUGUCAACGCCAAAGACGCGCUCAGAAGGACUCCCCUGCACGAGGCAGCUGCCAAGGGUCGCGUCAAGAUCUCCCAGAUUCUCAUCACCAAGGGUGCGGAGGUCAAUGUCAAGGACUUUGCGGCUCAUGAGACGCCCCUCCACAGCGCCGCUGGACAGGGCAGGAACGGAGUAGUAGAGCUGCUGCUUGCAAAAGGCGGUGCGGUCAACGCAACCGACGAGGAACAUCAAACACCGUUACAUCGCAGCGCGCUGGGUGGUCACGUGAGGGCAGCACAGAUACUCCUGUCCAAUGGGAGCAAUAUCAACAUCAAAGACAAGGCAGAGAAUGCUCCCCUCCACUGCGCAGCCGCAGGGGACCACAUCGAGGCUGUGAAACUGUUGCUGAGUCAGGGCGCGGACGUCUUCGCGAGGAACAAGGAGAACCUGUCCCCUUUGGACGUUGCCGGAUCGCAGUCAGUUAGAAAGCUGAUAAGGGCGAGGCAAAAGCAGAUUGACAGGCAGAUUAUGCAACAUGACCUUCUGUCUAAAGAUGGCGGAGUCAAGGUCAACAAGAUCAAGCUGCUUGUCUGUGGAGACGAGGCGACCGGAAAGUCGACGCUGAUUGGUUCACUCUGUCGGACUGGAAUAAAAGCCGUGUUUACGAGGGAGAAACACAAACAGACAGACACAGAAGUCCGGAGCCCAACGGCUGGGGUUGACGUGGGAAACAUGACCGUGCCGAAUGCGGGAGAGUUCGCCAUCUUUGAUUUCGCGGGACAGGCUGAGUACUACGUCACCCACGCCAUGCUGAUGCACGCAAAACUUGGGGUCUACGUCACAGUCUACAACAUAACUGAUGACGCAGAAACUCAGACACAACAGCUGCAGAGGUGGCUUCGGAUGAUCAAAGCCGGAAACGCGGACCCGAGCGUCUCUCCAAAGGUCGUGCUGGUCGGUAGUCAUGGAGACAAGAUUGACAAACAGAAAGGUAUGUCCCGGGCCGCUGCUCUACUGAGGUCCAUGAGGGGACAGUUCCGGCACCAACUGGACAUCUCCACGGAGACCUUCGUGUUAGACUGUGUGGUGUCCCAGUCACCGGACAUGGACAGACUCAGAAAACACCUGGCGUGCCUUAAACAGGAAGUCUUGAAGGACCAGCCGCAGUUGCCGAAACUGUGUUCCGAGAUAGUGAGGAAAGUGCCGGGGUGGUGCAAGAACAACCUCGGGGGUGGUGCGCCCGUCCUCCGCUGGCCGGAGUAUGUGCAAGCCGUCAAAGAGAUUGAUCCCCUCGUGAAGGAAGACUUCCUCCUCAAGUCGACAGAAUAUCUUAAUGACAUUGCUGAAAUUCUGCUCGUCAAAACGACGUCCUCUGAUCCGAUCGUGGUGCUCACACCUCCGUGGCUGUGUGGCUAUGUGUUCGGACCUCUGCUCGCGCCCGAAAACUUUCCCAUCGACCACAUCGAACGAGAGAGCGACGAUCACGUGACCUUCCGCGAGAUCUCGCGUGUUUUCUCCCGGACGGUUUCCCCCAAGAUCCUCGUCUCAAUCCUGCGGGAGUUCCAGAUCUGCCACACGUUCGACGGGCAAGACUUCAUCUUCCCGAGCCUUCUGCGCAGACUCCCUCCGCUCAAAGAAAUCUGGAAACCGACCAAGUCCGAGCCUGUCGUCUAUUUCGGCAGCCAAGUUGCCUGUAAAGACGCCACGGACAGUUUUUCUCCAGAUUUCUUCCCUCGUCUCCAAACGGAUCUUCUGAAGGAACACCCUGGCACCUUCCCCGUCAAACCCGCCAUCUGGAAAGACGGCAUGAUCUUUACAGACGGCAAGAGCGAAGGACUGAUAGCGAUGUCCCAAGGCAACAUGGCUUGUAACAUCGUUGUGAGGAACCCUAGCGGCUAUCGCGAGUACUGCUACUACCUGUUGGAGCGUAUCCAAAGGAAGUUGAGUAAAGUACUUGAAGAAAGUAGUCCCGGGACAAGCGUCGUCGAGAGAGUUCUCAGCAGUCGCGCUUUGAGGGAACACAGGGACACCUUUUAUUCCUACGACCGAAAGGCUGUUCAAGAAUCCGCUCGCGAGAAUGGUUCUCUGUCUCAUCCUGACCUGCAGUGGUCAGAACGAGUCUACGACCUCGUUGUCAGUCAAGAAGGACCCAAUAAGCACACGUUUCAGCUGGUUGCUAAGCAACUGAGGUCAACGGAGUGGCGGGAACUUGGAAGGGAGCUCGGCCUGUCGGACUCGAAGUUAGACCGAGUGCAAAAGGACUACAGUGGCGACUUGCGGGAGACAGUGUACAGGAUGUUGACAAUGUGGGAGGAAGAAGCGGACUGUUCGUGUAGCGUGGGUCGUGAGAAGUUAUCAAAAGCGCUGGUCACUGUAAAUAGACGAGACAUUGCAGAUGAACUGAUGUGCGACGAAAGUGAAGCAGACCCUGAGCUCGUGCAGCCCGACACGCUGCAGAAGGUUGCAGAAUCCCUACAGCUACAGGACUGCAGGAGACUGGGCCGGGCCUUGGGCCUAACUGACGCGCAACUGGACGGUAUCGAACACCGCUACCCACACAACCUCGCCGAGCAACAAUACCAGAUUUUGGUUGCCUGGAGACAACAGGCUGGCAGCGCCGCCUACCGAGAUUCCCUCGCCUCUGCACUGAAGGACAUCGGAAGGCUUGACGUGGCAGAGGAGAUACAAGAGGAGGAAUGAACCCACGAAUACUGCAUAUAACAUACAGUUAAGACAGAAUUUGGGAAGCACAUAGGCCGAAUGUAGCAGAAGAAAUACAAGAGGAGGAAUGAACCUACAAAUACUUCAUAUACCUUACUAUACAGAGGCUAUAUGUUAACACGCUAUACGUAAAUGCAAAGCUAGAGGUCAGAGUUCAACUGUCAAACUACUCUGAAAUCGAUGAUUUAACAGAUUGCAUAUCAAUCGAAAUUUGCUUACAUUUCAUUAUCAUUAAGUCCACAUCUCUAAAAUAAUGUAUCAUUUUAAAUGUAUAUGUGCACUUACUUCCAAUUCUCUGCAAGUGAUCCCUUUUCUACGUUCGCACUCUACCUUUUUUUUCAAAACCAUUUUAUUGUAUUAUCGAAGAACCACCCACCUUUGAUCUAGAAGACGUACGAAUAUAAGAAGCAAUAUUGUGAUAAGUCUGAAGUAAGGUUGUUACUAUGCAAGAGUUCGACGACCUUUGCACUUUUCUUUUUUGAUUAUAACAGGCGCAAAAGCACAUGCAUUUCUGUGGCAAGUAAGAACACUGGUAUUUGUUAUAUUAAGUAUUGCACGAAUCCUAUAGUAAGUAUUUAGGUUUAAACAAUGAGGUUUCGAGGCCUUAUUACUAAACCACACUUAUUUGCCUAUGACAUCUAAUGUAAUUUCAUGCUACCUUAAUCGUUUUAUAUUCAUAAUCAUGCUAAUUCGAUGAUGCCAUUGGUAAAAAUCCAAAUUUACGGACCAUAUUUUGUAUAAUCAGGUUAUUUUGACUCCAAUGUAUUUACUAUCUGCUAUUUUCUUACAAAAUAAAAUUUACAUGUUUCA